UCAGAAUUCAGCUUGUAUUGGAUUGCCUCAGCCAGCUCCUCUCUAUUAAGCCAGACAUUUGAUUAUUAAUAAGCAUAGCUUACAAUAAUAUUUAAAAAAUAGACUGUAACCUGGAUCUAGAUCUCUCUUUACUCAUUUAAGUCCAUUUCUUUUUAUUGAAAAAUAGACAAGCAGUCAGUGAAGUGUUGCUCCCCGAAUGGUGAAAAGUUGCAGUACUUUGUUUUUCACAGCAGAUUUUCUUUUGCAGGGUUCCCCAUAUUGUGCUGUGCAGUUCCAAUCCUGAUGCUCCAGAUCAUCAAACUGCUGAACAAGUGAAGUCUUCAGUGGCUUCUGGACACGGCUCUGGGUUUUGAAGCUUUGGGAAAUGCAUUUACCACGGAGGAGGCGGCUACGGAGGAACCGAAUCCUGUUCUUGCUUGCCAUAGUGUUGCUCCUCUCUUUCUACCAGCUCCAGUUAAGUCCUUCUGCCCUUCCAGCAUCACACAGAGCCCCCCAACCCACAGACCCUGUCAGAGUGAUCUCCAGGGACCUCCCCAGCAACAAGACUUCUCUAAGAGGCAAUGCCACAGCACCCAAAAUAAGGCACUGUAUCUAUGUGGAUCCUGAGCCAGCUGUGCCCAUCACCACGUCAGUGGGUACAACACCACAGCAAGAAAAUGCCAGUGAAAGCUCCCCAGAUGAAAAACCACCCUAUGAGUCCAAAGGAGAAUAUCCCCAGGACCUGUUCAGUGUGGAAGAACGCAGGCAAGGGUGGGUUGUACUUCACAUCUUUGGCAUGAUGUAUGUAUUUGUGGCCUUGGCCAUAGUGUGUGAUGAGUAUUUUGUCCCUGCUUUGGGAGUGAUCACUGAGAAGUUGCAGAUCUCUGAAGAUGUGGCUGGAGCCACCUUCAUGGCAGCAGGUGGAUCAGCACCAGAACUCUUCACGUCCCUCAUAGGUGUCUUCAUCUCACACAGCAAUGUCGGCAUCGGUACCAUUGUGGGCUCAGCAGUGUUUAAUAUCCUCUUUGUCAUUGGCACCUGUGCCCUCUUCUCAAGGCAGAUACUCCACCUGACAUGGUGGCCCUUAUUUAGAGACAUCUCAUUCUACAUUGUAGACUUACUGAUGCUCAUCCUGUUUUUCCUAGACAGUGUCAUUGAUUGGUGGGAAAGCCUCCUUUUACUGACUGCCUAUGCCACAUAUGUGUUCACCAUGAAACAGAACGUGUUCCUAGAGCAAUGGGUGAAGCAGGAGCUGAAAAAGAAGCUAAAUGCUGUGCAGGCAGCAUCAGCAGAGCAUAUGAAGAAGGUUGGUGUCCUUAGAGUUCAGAGGGCAAGCUGGGGAGAGGCCUUGCCUGAUGUAGAGGACAAAGAAGCUGGAACUGACUGGCUUUGUGCCUUCCCACAGCCUGGAGCAGCCCUGCAGCGGGGCAGCAGCUCGGCCUCCCUGCACAACUCCCAGAUGCGCAGCACCAUCGUCCAGCUCAUGAUCCGCACCCUGGACCCCCUGGCAGAAGCAAAAUUUAAAGACAGGGUUGACAUCCUGAGCAACAUGGCCAAGGCCAAGGCUGAGACCCUGGAAGGACAAGGCUCCCAGGCAGAAGAGGAAAAGAAAACAGCAAACACCAUCCAGGUAACUCCUGGCAGUGACUCUGAGCCCAGCAAAGACAUGGAGGAGGCAGAUGUGCCACAGGAUGGACAGCCCCCAUCAAGCAGUGACACCUCAGACGACAGCAGCUCUGAGAGCCAGGACAGCGAUGGUGACAGCACAGAGGGGGAUGAAAACAAUGAGCCCUUAUCUCUGGAAUGGCCAGAAUCAAGGACAAAACAAGCAAUUUACCUUUUCCUCUUUCCCAUUGUCUUUCCUCUCUGGAGCACUCUGCCUGACGUCAGAAACCCAGAGUCAAAAAAAUUCUUUGUCAUCACGUUUUUUGGAUCCAUCCUCUGGAUUGCUGCAUUCUCUUAUCUCAUGGUGUGGUGGGCUCACCAGGUUGGUGAAACAAUUGGAAUAUCAGAGGAAAUUAUGGGGUUAACCAUACUGGCAGCAGGCACAUCCAUCCCUGACCUCAUCACCAGUGUCAUCGUGGCCCGGAAGGGCUUAGGGGACAUGGCUGUGUCCAGUUCUGUGGGCAGCAACAUCUUUGACAUCACUGUUGGCCUGCCAGUUCCUUGGUUCCUUUUUUCUAUCUUCAAUGGCCUCAGUCCUGUGGCAGUCAGCAGCAAUGGUUUGUUUUGUGCAAUUGUUCUCCUCUUCCUCAUGCUCCUGUUUGUGAUUCUCUCUAUUGCUGUCUGUAAAUGGAAAAUGAACAAACUACUGGGGCUCACCAUGUUUGCUCUUUACUUUGUGUUUCUGAUCAUCAGUGUGAUGUUAGAGGACAAGAUAAUAUCCUGCCCAGUAUCUGUAUGACAUAUGGACACUUCAAGAUGGGUGUGAGGAUCCAGCAACAUCAAAAGGGGGUUGAGGUAGCAGUUGUUCUACUGAAAAAAAGCAACCAGAAUUGUAACAAUCUUACU